AUGAAUUAUUACAAAGAUUCAUUGGAUGAUGUCUAUAGUUGUCUAAAAAGAAUAAAAGCAGCCGAUGAAUUAGCUUUAGACGAUUAUUUACAACACGAACAAAAUUUUUUGAUAAAUUAUCGAUCAGAAUGGAUACGACUAAAUUUCAUUAAAGUCUACGAGCUUACUUUAGAAUUACCAGCUUUAACAAUUUUAAAAAAUUUUUUAUUAAGCUUAUUAUGUUAUCAACCAAAAUUAAUGUUUAAUAGUGCUAGCUACAUAAAAUAUUUGGAUCGGGAUGAAGAUUACAAACGAAAAGUUAAACCUUUUGAAAACUUGUUUUUAACCAAUAACAAUUCAAGUGAAUUUUUAUUAUCAUCCAUAAGGAAGAAUUACAGAGAAGAAGACAUUAAUAUUUUCGACGCUACAAUUAAUUCUUCCAACAACGCUACUAAUACUUCUAAUACUUUUAAUAAUACUACUACAUUAUCACCAACACCUUCAAUACAUAUACCAUCAUCAUAUAUAAUAAGUCAUUAUAGACGAAGUGUAAUAAUAGAUUCAACAAUAAUUAAUAUAUCACAUGUGGGAAUAAUUGCUAAUUGGAUAAAAGGGCAUUCGUUGAAAUUGGAUGAACUACGUAAGAUCUAUGAUAACCCAAUACCAAUACCAUUCUAUUUUAAACUAUUAAUACGUGGUAGUAGAGAUGGCUUUUCAUCUGAGAUAUUUCAUAAAUGGUGUGACGAUUAUGGUGCGCCAACAUUGAUAAUUAUCAAAUUAAAGAAUUCUUUACAGAUAAUAGGCGGGUUCAAUUAUUCCAGCUGGAAAUCACCUUUUUUGAUCUUUUCAACAUUUCAACAUGACAGACAUGCAUUUAUAUUUUCGUUAUGCAACACAUAUGGCAACAAGGAUAAUUUUAAAUUGGCCAGGCCGAAAAGAACUUUGAUUAAUGAUGGUUGGAAAGCAUUGAAGUUCAGUAGAUAUGCCGGUCCUUGUUUUGGUAAAAGUGAUUUACAACUAAGAAGCAAUAAGACCUGUUAUUGUAAACAACAUGAUUAUGAUGAUUCUAUCACUGAUAAAUUUGGUGUUUUUGAAAUCGAUGAUUAUGAAGUAUUCAGGAAAAUAAUUUGUAUAUAG